GCUCCACCUGCCCGCCCGCUCCCGAGCGCAGAGGAGGCGUCCGUCCUCCCGGCCAGGUGGAGCCUCCGGAAAGUUGGAAAAGGCCGGCCCAUCUGCUGUUUUGCCCUGGAGCGCCCGUGGCUUAGGAGGUUUCCGCUUCCUACUCUAGAGGAGGGGCACCACUGGGGUGAUGAUCGUGUGGCUGGGCUCAAAGAUCAAGAGAGGCAGAAGGGUGGCGGCAUCUUCUGCAGCAUCAGGACACGGUGGUGGGCAAGUGAGGAGUCUCUAGAUCACCAUGGCGACCGGACAGAAGUUGAUGAGGGCGAUUCGAGUGUUUGAAUUUGGUGGACCAGAAGUGCUGAAACUCCAGUCUAACGUGGCGGUUCCUGUCCCAAAAGGCCAUCAGGUUCUAAUCAAAGUCCAUGCCUGUGGUGUCAACCCAGUAGAGACAUACAUUCGCUCUGGAACCUACAGUCGAAAACCCACCUUACCGUACACUCCAGGCACCGAUGUGGCUGGGGUCAUAGAAUCUGUCGGAGAUGGCGUGUCUGCUUUCAAGAAAGGCGACCGCGUCUUCUGCUCCAGCACCGUUUCCGGCGGCUACGCUGAGUUCGCCGUUGCAGCGGAUCACACUGUCUACGCCCUGCCCGAGAAGCUGGACUUCAGGCAGGGGGCCGCACUUGGGAUCCCGUACUUCACGGCCUGCCGAGCUCUGUUCCACAGUGCCCGCGCUCGAGCAGGGGAAAGCGUCCUGGUUCACGGGGCCAGCGGAGGCGUUGGGUUAGCUACGUGCCAGAUUGCCAGAGCUCAUGGCUUAAAGGUUUUGGGCACAGCUGGUUCUGAGGAAGGAAAGAAGCUCGUUCUGCAAAACGGGGCUCACGAAGUGUUUGAUCACAAGGAAGCCAAUUAUAUUGAUAAAAUCAAGCAAUCUGUCGGUGACAAGGGGGUCGACGUGGUUGUCGAGAUGCUGGCCAACGUAAACCUGAACAACGACUUGAAGCUUCUGUCCCGUGGAGGACGGGUGAUCGUUGUGGGCUGUAGAGGUUCUAUUGAAAUGAACCCGCGGGACACCAUGGGAAAGGAGACGAGCAUCAUUGGAGUUUCUCUCUUUUCAUCCACCAAGGAGGAAUUUCAGCAGUUCGCAGGCAUCCUCCAAGCAGGAAUGGAGAAGGGUUGGGUGAAACCGGUGAUAGGUUCUGAGUAUCCACUGGAGAAGGCAGUCCAGGCCCAUGAAGACAUCAUCCACCGCAGUGGGAAGACGGGGAAAAUGAUUCUUCUCUUACGGUGACCAGCUCCUUCCGGGACACCCUGCGUCGAUGUGACGCCUUCUUCCCCAAGUCUUUCUUAUGUCGCCUUUAAUCAGUAUUCAUGCCACGGAGUUUCAUGCACUAAAAUCGUGACUGUAGGGAGCAGACACCAGGAAGUGACAUCAUAGCGGACAGCAGGGCGUCGUCUCAUGUGCUGGCAUGCAUCUCAAAACUUCCUGCUUCUCUCUCUUUGCUUUCUCUGUUUGGUUUGGUGUUUCACUGUUGUUUUGUUUUUGAGCAGGAUCUUGCUCUGUAGUCCGCACUGGCCUUGAACUCACGGUGACCUGUCUGUCUCAGUCUCCCAAGUGCUGGGAUAAUAGUUAUGGACGGGGCCACACACAUCUUCAUUUCAGAACUUCUUUCUUCAUUCACCUCAAGCCUUUGAAUAAAAUGUGCUAAUUCAAAGUAA